UUUCCUUCGUGGAAGGGUGGGGAGGUAGACAGUAAUUUCAAAUAGAAAUAAUGACAGCAAUUGAGGUUUCCAAUGAGGACACCGUGGCCACCAGAGGAAGAAGGAAAGAAGUUCAUUCCUGAAAGAGAGGGCUCCCCUGACACCUGCUUGUCUAGAUGCUAUAGCAGUAGGAGCCAUAACUCUUGAAGUGGUUCCAGCCCUGACCUGCUUCCAGGGUGACUUCUGUGGUCAGAGCUGGAGUUAGACUACCAGCAUUCUGCCCUCUGUUUGCUCGGUAUGGCCUUGGAAGAAUGUCUUCCAAGCAAGCCACCUCUCCAUUUGCCUGUACAACUGAUGGAGAGGAAACAAUGACCCAGGAUUUGACCUCAAGGGAAAAGGAAGAGGGCAGUGACCAACAUGCGGCCCCCCAUCUGCCUCUGCACCCCAUAAUGCACAACAAACCUCACUCUGAGGAGCUACCGACGCUUGUCAGUACCAUUCAACAAGAUGCUGACUGGGACAGCGUUCUGUCAUCUCAGCAAAGAAUGGAGUCAGAGAAUAAUAAGUUAUGUUCCCUAUAUUCCUUCCGAAAUACAUCUACCUCACCACAUAAGCCUGACGAAGGGAGUCGGGAGCGCGAGAUAAUGAGCAGUGUUACUUUUGGAACCCCGGAACGCCGCAAAGGGAGCCUUGCCGACGUGGUGGAUACGCUGAAGCAGAAGAAGCUGGAGGAGAUGACUCGGUCGGAACAAGAGGAUUCCUCCUGCAUGGAAAAACUACUUUCAAAAGAUUGGAAGGAAAAAAUGGAAAGACUAAAUACGAGUGACCUUCUUGGAGAAAUCAAAGGUACACCUGAGAGCCUAGCAGAGAAGGAACGCCAGCUCUCCACCAUGAUUACCCAGCUGAUCAGCUUGCGGGAGCAGCUCCUGGCAGCGCACGACGAACAGAAAAAGCUGGCAGCCUCACAGAUCGAGAAACAGCGGCAGCAAAUGGACCUUGCUCGCCAGCAACAAGAACAGAUCGCAAGACAACAGCAGCAACUUCUCCAGCAGCAGCACAAGAUUAAUCUCCUGCAGCAACAGAUCCAGCAGGUUCAGGGGCACAUGCCUCCGCUCAUGAUCCCAAUUUUUCCACAUGACCAGCGGACCCUGGCAGCAGCUGCUGCCGCCCAACAGGGAUUCCUCUUCCCCCCUGGAAUAACAUACAAGCCAGGUGAUAACUACCCCGUACAGUUCAUUCCGUCAACAAUGGCAGCUGCUGCUGCUUCUGGACUCAGCCCUUUACAGCUCCAGAAGGGUCAUGUCUCCCACCCACAAACUAACCCAAGGCUAAAGGGCAUAAGUGACCGUUUUGGCAGGAAUUUGGACACCUUUGAACAUGGUGGUGGCCACUCUUACAACCACAAACAGAUUGAGCAGCUCUAUGCCGCUCAGCUGGCCAGCAUGCAGGUGUCACCUGGAGCAAAGAUGCCAUCAACUCCACAGCCACCAAACACAGCAGGGGCGGUCUCACCUACUGGGAUGAAAAAUGAAAAGAGAGGGACCAGCCCUGUAACUCAAGUUAAGGAUGAAACAACAGCCCAGCCGCUGAAUCUCUCCUCGCGGCCUAAGACAGCAGAGCCUGUGAAGUCCCCAACAUCUCCCACCCAGAGCCUCUUCCCAGCCAGCAAAACCAGCCCUGUCAACCUUCCGAACAAGAGCAGCGUCCCCAGCCCCAUUGGAGGGAGCCUGGGGAGAGGAUCCUCUCUAGAUAUCCUGUCCAGUCUCAACUCUCCUGCCCUGUUUGGGGACCAGGACACAGUGAUGAAAGCCAUCCAGGAGGCUCGGAAGAUGCGAGAGCAGAUCCAGCGGGAGCAGCAACAGCAGCCACACGGGGUCGAUGGGAAACUGUCCUCCAUGAACAACAUGGGGCUGAGCAACUGCAGGAAUGAGAAGGAAAGAACACGCUUUGAGAACUUGGGGCCCCAGUUAACAGGGAAGUCAGGUGAAGAUGGGAAGCUGGGCCCAGGCGUCAUCGAUCUCACUCGGCCGGAAGACGCAGAGGGAAGCAAAGCAAUCAAUGGCUCUGCAGCUAAACUACAGCAGUAUUAUUGUUGGCCAACAGGAGGCGCCACUGUGGCUGAAGCACGCGUCUACAGGGAUGCCCGCGGCCGUGCCAGCAGCGAGCCUCACAUCAAGCGACCAAUGAAUGCGUUCAUGGUUUGGGCGAAGGACGAAAGGAGAAAAAUUCUUCAGGCUUUCCCUGACAUGCAUAACUCCAACAUUAGCAAAAUCUUAGGAUCUCGCUGGAAAUCCAUGUCCAACCAGGAGAAGCAACCUUACUAUGAAGAACAGGCCCGGCUAAGCAAGAUCCACCUAGAGAAGUACCCAAAUUACAAGUACAAGCCCCGGCCAAAACGCACGUGCAUCGUGGAUGGCAAGAAGCUCCGGAUUGGGGAGUACAAGCAACUGAUGCGCUCCCGGAGGCAGGAGAUGAGACAGUUCUUCACUGUUGGGCAACAGCCUCAGAUUCCCAUCACCACAGGAACAGGUGUUGUGUAUCCUGGUGCUAUUACUAUGGCAACGACCACACCAUCACCUCAGAUGACAUCUGACUGCUCUAGCACCUCUGCCAGCCCCGAGCCCAGCCUCCCUGUCAUCCAGAGCACGUAUGGUAUGAAGAUGGACGGCGCAGGCCUGGCUGGGAACGACAUGAUUAAUGGAGAGGAUGAAAUGGAAGCCUAUGACGACUACGAAGAUGAUCCCAAAUCAGACUAUAGCAGCGAAAACGAGGCCCCAGAGCCUGUCAGUGCCAACUGAGGAGCUUUUGUUUGCUGAACUAGAACACUCUGACAUUUCACCCCCUUUCCCCAACAACAACAAAGUUCUUAAAGAGCCCGCAUGCAUUUGUGGCUCCCCCAUACAUCAGCAGAGUGGUCUUAAUCGCUUCGUAACGUGUGAGACAGAUUAAGUUUUCCUGAUUUUUCAUAAACUUGAGUUUUUGUCGUUACCGUUACUGUUGUUGUUUAUUUAGGUGAAGACGUAUUAAAUAUGAGACACCGGGACUUGGAAACUUAUCUCCGCCCAUCGCUGUCUUUCAAGUCUUACAUUUCUGUCUUACUAUUUUUCUUUGGGAUGUUGACAAAGGGUUUAAGUUACUGUUUUAGAUGGGGUUAAACAUUCUCACUCAGGUAUGCUGUGCCGGCUACAGGUUGUGAAUGUGUUUUUAUUCUGAAUUACUUUAGAGAACAACUGAGAAUUUCGUAUUGUGAAACCGGACAAGUCCACGGUGUGUGCGGCUGCAUAUAGAACGUGUUCAAAAGGCCUCGGAAUUCCAUUUUUUUUCCAUGUGUAGAAUUCAACUUUGAAUGUGCCAAACUUUUUUCAUAACUUUUGAAUCUUAACUAUUUUGAAAGUCUUACCGGAGACACUGCAAAGUCUUAGACAAUCUUUGGCAUCUUAAAAUAAAAUAGCAAACCACACUUUUUUUUUUUCCCAGAAAAUGGUGAAGUACUCAGGAAUCUGGAGACAAGAUAUUGUAAGGAAUGAGCAAGGCUGCCACAGUGCAUGAACCCAAUUGUGUUUGCCUCUUGACGUGCCGUCAGUGUGUGGCGAGGGACGACACAGGCAUCAGAGCCAUCUCCACACCAGACACAACACGGUGGUCUCCCUGCCUGAGACCACCUUUCACUACAUCCGUUCUCCCUGCCUUUCACCCUGACAUUCAAUCUUAACACAUUGUUCUCUUAAAUAAUUUAUUCAUUCCAGAAUGUCAAGGGUCCACUUACUAUUUAUUUUAAAAAUUAUUGGUGGCAUUAAUUUAAUAAUUUUUCUUUCUUGUUUUGCCCUCCUUGCCCUUUCACCUAUUUUUCCUGCUGGAUACAAAAGAUGUACAUAGCAAUCUCACGUCCCCAGAGCCCCCGGAAACAUUUCUGAGUCGAUGCUAGUAAAUGCAUAUGUUGUUGUUUUUAAAGAUAAGUGUCUAUCUGGGUCAAAGGUGUCCUACAUGUAAACAUGUACGCCUCUGUGAGUCACUGUGACCUCAGGUCUUUGCCUGGAGUUCCUCCCUCAUUCAGUUUUCAGUGAACAGUAGAACCUGAGUUCCACUCAGCGGUGAAGGUCACCAGCGGUCACUGCCAGGCAAGAAGCCUCUCACAACCACUCUGAAGCCCAAGGGCCAUAGGCCACACAAGGGUCUACAGGGGAGCUGGCCUGCUGGCACUUUUACUGAGAAAGCUGGUCCUGACUGGAACAUCCAUGGAGAUCUUUGCAAAAUUUCCAGGAUGUUAGAAGCCUCAACACGAAGACAAGGGCAAAAGGGAACCAUGGGGAAGGACAAGCGUGAGAGAGCUGGUAGCCAGUAGGACAGACAGAUGGCUGUUGGGGCGGUCCACCAGCUUUUCUGGCAGACCUCAUUUCUCAGUGGCUACUCACAGAUGAGGUGAUUUGCCCUUGUCACUCAAGGUGAGCUCCAGAGACGUGCUGUGGGCUGGGAGGCACAAAGCUUCCUCUUCCCUCUCCUCACUACAGGCAGUUCUACUAUGUUGUAACUUUGACCUUCCUGAACCUAGGCCUGGUUGCUUACAGGAGCCUUACCCAGAGCCCUUCAUUGGGAGUGAGUCAGUGAGCAGGACAGCCCAGAAUCCGAGCAUUAGGACAAAGAACAGCUCCAUCAGAUUUUUUUUUGAGCCAUUUUGUCACUUGGAAGAAAGUAGUAAAACUUCAUAUUUAUUUAAAGAGUGCUCCAGGCCAUACCUAAUAGCAAUAAAUAGGUCUAGCCACGAGAUGACCAGCCCUGUCAUUCGCUGUGAGUGCUCUCCAUAAGCUGUUUAAGGUACUGAUAGGAAUGUUUUGUUCUUAAUAUUGAUUGGGGAAUGGAACUUUGUUAAUGUACAUUGAUUUCAUAUGAGGAGGAGGUCACUUUUCAAAAACAAAAUGAGUAUUUAUUAUGUCUUACUGAUUUCUUGGACUCUCUGUCUCUCAAUUCCUCCUCAUGCUUCUUCCUUUCUCUUUGGCUUCCGCUCUCCCUGGUAAGUUUGUUAUGUUUUUUUGUUUUUUGUUUUUAAAUUGUGCUGUAUAGGUAGAGUGUUAUAUGGCUAGCAUUGUAUUGUAUGUAAUUAAUUUUGCACAAAGGCAAACAUUUAGCAUAGUAGUUAAUUUUGUUUGUUUUUAUGACCAUGCCAAAAUAAUAUUCUGGGCUGGUGGAGAACAAAGGACUGUUCUUUAGGAUUGAAACUUGAUUUGCUUAAAAAAAAGAGAAAAAACAAACAAACAAAAACCACACACACUCACAGAUGCUGUUUCGUAAGUGUUACAAGCACUGGAUAUAAAUGGUAUUUUUAUCACUGACUAAUGUGAAACUGGUAUGGAAACUACAUGAACAAAAGUCAUCUGUCUCGACUCGUGUGGGCUUGCCUCACAGUUGCCGGAUCUGAGUCAUUUUUAUGUCUUGUUAUUUCAUUUAUUUAUGCAAAAUACAUGUGUGUAGGAACUUCAUGUCAGCUCCAACUCUGCCUCGGCACUGGGUCCAGUAACUUCUAGCCAUAUUCUCAAACACAAAGGUUGUCUGGGAAUGAUUGGGUGGGAACGCCUCUCAUUGGCUCAGACAGUGAUGCUGUAUUCUAAUCUAAAUUUUGUGCAUACACAGUUUAUUCUAUUUAUUAGCCACAUUUGGCUCUAAAUAUCCAUGGGAAUGAGAAUGACAAUCACAGAGAUCGCUUACAUCAGUGGGGCUUAAACAGAGUUUUUAUGACUUCACCAUCUCAUUUUUAGAGUUUUCUAAUUGUGUAAAUAUAACAUAGAAAUAGAAUUUAUUUUUGGUUCAUGAGUUCCUAGUGACAUAUAAGUUAUGUAUCUUCUUUCUGUUCUUUAUCCGUAUGUGUUGCUCCACAGUAAAAGCUGGCCAGGCAGAUUUAGUGUGGACAGAGAGCUGUCAGCUACAGUGAGGCAGUGCCCAUCCUCGGCCAAGACAGCAGGACCCCUGCCUGGUUCCCAUGCGGUCCAGAGCCCCCCUGGUCCCCCCACUCAGACCUCCACCUCUUUCCUUAUGGAAAGCUGAGAACUUUCUAUAAAGAAAGAACAUACUUGCACACACUCAGUUUCCAGCAGAGCCAGGAGAAAGUCAGUUUGCUUUCGAAUCCAGAGAGCUCUGUGACCCUGGAACAACAAGAGGCAGGAGUUGCACUUCACAGGUAAAGAUCUGCCUGUGGUAAAGGCAAGGGGUUCUGAAGUCACCUUCCUGCAGCGUCCCCUCUUUCACAC